AUAAGCUGCUAAAAUGUAUCAUAUUUCGGAAGCUGAUUAGUGAUUUCUAAUUUUCUAAAAUCUUUUAACUAAAACUGUUAAGUUGAUUAAUUAUUUUACUCCAUUACAUAUAAUACGUGUAUUAAAAAUAAUUCAUACGUUUGCAUAGUUAAAUAGAAUAAAUAGUAAAAGAGUAAUUUGUAAAAUUACAUUUUGUAUAAUUUUGUUGUCUCUUGUUAAAGUAGACCAUACUUAGCUGACCAACAUGUCACAUCAAACGGGAAUCCAAGCAAAUGCAGAAUUAAAGAAGUAUUUCAGUAAAUGCAGAGAUGGCAAAAUCAGGUUAUUAAAAAUUAGCAUAGAAAAUGAGCAACUUUCCCUUGAAAAACACCAUCCAGUUAAAGGAACAUGGGAGCAAGAUUAUGAUAAAUAUGUUCCAUAUUUAAUUGAAAAUGAUCUUCCUUGCUAUAUUCUUUACAGAUUUGACUCAACAAAUUCCAUUGGUUAUGAGUGGUUACUUCUAAGUUGGUCGCCCGAUAGUGCUCCAGUAAGACACAAAAUGCUCUAUGCCUCUACUAAAGCCACUCUAAAGCAAGAAUUUGGCUCAUCACACAUUAAAGAUGAAAUGCAUGCAACAACUAAGGAAGAAGUAAGUUUGAAGGGAUACAAGUCCCAUUUAAGUGGAGUUAAUGCCCCAGCUCCAUUGACAGACCGGGAGGAGGCAUUGAAGGAGUUGCAGCAGAGCGGACAAGAUCCCAACUAUGGUACAGAUGCCAGACAAUCUACAAUGGGCGGGAUUGCCUUUCCUAUUACUGAAUCGGCAAAGCAGGGUAUAAAUGAUCUCCAACGUGGUUCCUAUAACUAUUUACAGUUCAGAAUAGAUUUAGAAAAAGAGCAGAUAUGCCUAGCUAAGGCUGCUGUGAUAAGCUUAUCAGAAUUACCAGCACAAGUGCCGACUGACGAAGCGAGAUACCACUUAUAUAUAUUCACUCAUACGCAUGAGGGUGACCAUUUUGAUAGUAUUGUGUUUAUAUAUUCAAUGCCCGGAUAUAGCUGCAGUAUCAAAGAAAGAAUGAUGUAUUCGAGUUGCAAGGGACAAUUCCUAGAGGUUAUCGAAAGAAUGGGAUUGGAGAUUGCAAAGAGGUUGGAGAUUGACGACGGAAAAGAGCUUACUGAACAAUUUUUAUAUGACGAGAUACAUCCGAAGAGAAACUUGCACCGGCCGGCAUUCGCAAAACCAAAGGGACCUCCGAACAGAGGAGCUAAACGUAUAACUAAGUCUCAGCAAUCGCAAUAACCGUAAUUCGUUCCAUUAAUUUGCUACGAACUGAUUCUUUAUAUGCAUAGUCAAUCUCGCAUUGCAAGGUUGGCAUUGGAAGCAUAAAUGUACUUUGGUAUAAAUAUUAUAAAUGUUUAGAAAAAAUACUGGAUUGGCGCUCAAAAUAUAUAAAAGUCAUUGAUCAGUAAAAGUCACUUAACAUAUUAAGUAAAACCAUUUCAUACAGUCAUUUGAUGGUAGGUAGUUUUAAUUGUGUUUCGAGUGCUGUUGAGAACUCUAGUUCUCUCUCUUAUCACUUAUCACAGCUCUAGCUGUAAUUAGAGAUUCGUACUUUCGUUUUUGAACGAUAGUUCGGUGUCUUCUCUGAAUUUAUUAAUUAACAAAAGGUCGCAUUUCUGUAUGUAAUGUAUGUUUGAAAAUAAAUUCGGACAUGGCAACAAACCAUUGGUUUUUAAAUGUACAGGUGUUGAAUGUGUUAUAAACCGACUUGAAAGUCCGGCUCGAAGGACCAAAUGAUGUUGGGAUUGUAACGUUUUAUGUGAACUGUCAUUUGUACAGUCGCCGUGGAUAACGCAAGACUUGCUUUGUACAUUCAGUACAGUAUUAUUUAUCUUAAAAUUGAAAUAAUAUUGCUUACAGAUUAUUUAUAUUAGAGUAAUAUAUUCUUAUAAUAAUAAUAUAUUCUUAGGAUGAUCUACAGUUUUUUAAAAGCAACACUUUAAUUAAUUUUAUAAUUAUCUCAUAAAAAAUAAUUUAAUAUUUCGCUAUUAUAUCCUAUAUUUUUGAAAUAUGACUUCUUUUGAUUUUGUCAACAGGAAACGUCAUAGCUUGAGAAAAAGAUUGAAUAUAGUUUUUAUGUCUUUUCAGUAUCAAUUCAUAAUAAUUACUUAAAAUAUUUUUGAAUUAAUAUUAUAAAUCAGUCAUUAUAUUAAUAAUUAUGCGUAAUAUUGUAUUACGGUAUAAAUAUAAUUUUGUUGUAUAGAUAAAAUACCUUAUUAAUGAUUAAAAAAUCUCCAUUAAACACGUUUUAUUGGAAAAUCAACGUAACUCGGUAAAUAAUGUAAUAUUGAACAAAUAUAUCUUAAUGUGAGCAUUCAAUUAUUACAUUAUGGUAAACAUCAGUUUUAAUCAUUUAUUUAUAGAAUUGUUUUAAAUAAUAUAUCUACGUAUUUUUUCCAAGCACUUAUUAUAAAUCAGACCACAUGGAAAGUCUAUAUAUAUAUAGAUAUAUAGAUUUUAUGUAUAGAGAGUCGUGUUAGUUACACCAUUUAUAACUCAAGAACGGCUAGACCAUUUUUUCUGUUGUUUGAUUUUUUGGGUUUCUCUUAGUCUGGAAUAGGAUAAUAAGUAAUUAAAUAUCGAAAAAAUCACGGAUAAAUAUUAUUAUAAAAACAUUUAUUUUCUCAUACAUUUUGUAUGGAUUGACAUUUUCAUGACAUCUUUAGAAUAGAAAGAAUUCAAUGAAGUUUUUUGUUAGUUUCACGCUACAUGAGUAAUAAAAUACAACUGACAGUGCACGUCAUGUUAUUCAAGUCGACUGGUGGGUGCAAUGACGUUCUUAUGUAUAGAAUGUCAUUGGGUGGGUGUGUUUGUUUCGAGUUUCUAUUAGCUUAUUGUGCUAUCUUUCCCGACAUAGACGUAAUAAAGAAGCAACUAGGAUUCGAACCAUUGCGAAUUGGACAGACGAAGAACAAGAAAUUGCAGGUAAAAAUCACCGCGUUAGUAUGGGCUCGACGUUGUGUUUCUGAAUCACAAGAGCAAAGCGAGGCAGCCAGUAACCCUCAGAGAUCAACAACUAAAUAAUUUUCGACGCACAAGAAGAAAUUUAUGAAGUACUGAUUUGAAUAGAGCAGCGUUUCGAUUGCAAUACUGAUUACCGCUUGCAUACUAGCGUUCACAUUGGGUCAAUGGACGUUGUUUGCAAGUGUUUUCCGGAGAAACGCCAGGAUUGUGCUGCCUUAGUGGGCAACUACCGAAUCACGACAUUUUCUAGCAAACACUCAAAAAUACAAUGUUUGUUUCCAAAUGUCCCCAUUUGGGGCAGACAUUAUCUAAGAACGACGAUUUAAUCCGACAUUCCGGGUAUAUUUUAUUUAUAUUCUUACACACAAUACAUUCGAUGUAUGCUAAUUCUAAAAAUAAGUGUUUACAAAUCGGACUUUGUUUUUGAUUUUGUAGAUACAAGGACAGAUUCACCAUCGAAUUGGAUCAUUGCAAACUCUCGAAGAUGCACACCAUAAAUUUUAACAAUAAUAUUUCAUGGGCACCAUGGAGGAACAACGACAUCAAAAGAUCAAUGCAUCAAUGAUAAUAGCAAUUCUUCAUGAUCUACAGCAACUACUUCAUGAACAUUUUGCAUGUCGAGUUAGCCCGCAAAUCUUUAAUUUCUGAUCCGUCUUGCAUUCGCCAUGACCAUUAACAAAUCUCAAGGCCAAUUCUUGA